AUGCAUCUACCAUGGCUCCUUGCCGCCAUCCCCUAUCUGUCCGCCAGCGUCAACGCCUUCGUUCCAUAUACAAUUGAGCUGGAACUCUCCGCCGACUCGUCGUCCAACUCGCCCGAACGCCGCUUCGUCCCCUGGUCCCUCACCGACGGUCUCCAAGAUGACGUCGAGUCGUCCGCCGGCGAGAAGCUGCCGGCCACCUCCAAGACCUUCGAACUGCGUCGAUUCCCCGUCCUCGAACGUCGCAACAACCGCUACAAGAUCGUGCGCUCCGACAAUUCGUCCGAGCCCAACACCGUGCCCUUCAACCAGGACGGCAACGACCUGUCCUAUGUCUCCGCCGUCCAGGUCGGCUCCAAGAACCAAUCCCUCUGGAUGAUGCUGGACACCGGCGGCGCCAACACCUGGCUGUACGCCUCUGACUGCUCCUCCAAGACCUGUCAGGUGCACAACACCUUUGGCGAGGCCGCCUCCGCCAGCCUGCAGAUGUCUGGCGACAAGUGGAAGGUCGGCUACGGCACCGGCACCGUCAGCGGCCUGCUGGGUUCCGACUCUCUCUCCAUCGCCAACAUCUCCGUUGACAUGACCUUCGGUCUGGCCUCCGAGGCCUCCGACGAGCUUCAGUCCUACCCCAUGGAUGGCAUCCUGGGCCUGGGUCGCGCCAGCAAGGGCGUCUUUGGCCACGACUCGUUUAUGGACGCCGUAGCCAAGCAGAAGCUGUUGUCGUCCAACGUCAUCGGCUUCAGUCUCUCGCGCGGCUCCGCCAAGGUCCAGGACGGCUCCGUCACCUUCGGAGGUGUCGACGAUUCCAAGUUCACGGGCGACAUCAGCUACACCGACACCGUAGGGUCCAAGGACCACUGGAGCAUUCCGCUCGACGACGCCACCGUCGACGGCGCCGCCUGCAGCUUCUCCGGGAGGAAGGCUUUCCUCGACACCGGCACCUCCUACAUGCUGAUCCCGCCCGACGACGCCAAGGUGCUGAACGGCAAGAUCCCCGGUGCCACCCCUCAGGGCGAGCGAAACCACAUCAUCCCCUGCAACACCUCCGCCGAGAUCCAGUUCAGCUUCUCCGGCGUCAACUACACCAUCUCGCCCAAAGACUAUGUGGGGUCGAAGUCCGGGUCCGGCUGCGUCUCGACGAUUAUCGGGCACGCCAUGUUCGGCGACGACGUCUGGCUGGUGGGGGAUGUGUUCCUGAAGAAUGUGUAUACGGUGUUUGAUUACGAUCAGAACCGAAUUGGGUUGGCGAAGCGAGCGUACCCCGGGGAUAAGGAUUCGAACGGAGACGACGAUGGUGACGAUGGUGAGGACAACUCGGACUCGAACUCGGAUUCCAAUUCCAACUCCAACUCCAAGUCGGACUCGGACUCGGACGACUCGUCGGCUACCUCGACCGCCACCUCGACCGGAAGCUCGGCCAGCGAGACGGACGCGUCUGGCGGCGCGGCGAACAUCGUGCCCAGGGUUUCCUGGUUGGUGGCCACGCUGUUGUGCGUGGUUGGACUGGGGAUGGUCUAG